AUGGAUAUUGAGACACUGUUCAAAGAAACCUUUGUCCCACAGCCCUUGCAAGAAAGCUGUCUGAAAGAUAUGAUUCCUUUGGGAAAUCCUUUAUCGCAAGAAUGCUUGCAAGAUUUUCACCAUAUUGAUCAGUUUCACUUCAAUGUGCCCUCAUCCAAUAAUUCAAUAAUCCAGAACCCAACUUUUGAUGCUUUUGAAAAUUUCACCUUUACAGGUUCAUCACCUGCUUUAGAUGUAUACGAGAGCAAGCCUUUUGUGGAGAAUAGGCAUACUCAUGUCAUGGACAAUUUCCUUUAUGGAAAUCAUAACUUGAUUCUCCCUCAAAGGAAUGUUGAACUAGAUCUGAUGGUUGCAGAUCAAAGCUUUUUGCCUUUUAGUCCUCAAGAAAUCAAACCCUCCAAUUUUUCUUUGCCAGAUGAAGUUUCAUGCAUAUCCCCCAUGAAUUAUUACAAAAGAAUUGGCCUUAACAAAAAUAAUAAAUCCUAUCCAACCACUCGAAGAACGUCCAAAGUUCGCAAGAAGUCCAACACAGUAAAGGGGCAUUGGACAAUAGAAGAAGAUGGAUUAUUGAUUCAACUGGUGGAACAAUACGGUUUGAGGAAGUGGUCUCAUAUAGCUAAGAUACUGCCUGGAAGAAUUGGCAAACAGUGCAGAGAGAGAUGGCAUAACCAUCUAAGGCCUGAUAUUAAGAAGGACACAUGGAACUGUGAAGAUGAUAAAAUACUAAUAGAAGCUCAUGCUGAGGUAGGAAACAAAUGGGCAGAGAUUGCUAAAAGGUUGCCUGGAAGAACUGAGAACUCGAUCAAAAACCACUGGAAUGCAACCAAGAGAAGGCAAUAUUCCAAAAGAAAGUGCAGAUCCAAGUACCCCAGAGGCACUCUUCUACAAGAGUAUAUCAAGAGCUUGAACUUAGACAAGAAUCCCCCAAUAGAUUAUAGGAGAAAAUCUUCUGCUAACCAUGCUAUCAAAACCAGCACAAGCAAAUCCACUGCACCAGCUUUGCCCCAGACAGCUUCUCAAUUUUCUGCCAUUGAAUUGCCACCAGAUUCUGAUUUCAAUGUGGUCCCAGAUUUUCUCUUUGGUGAGAAUCUCUUGGAAGAAGAUUGCAGUAUUCAUUCCCUUCUAGAUGGUGUGCCUUGUGUUCCUUUCAUGGAUAACAAAAAUUGUGAAGGAACAUUGCAAUGUGAUCCUAUGAUGGAGGGAAUGCAGCAUUUCGAAUAUGUAGGAAUAGAGUGUUUUGCAGCUAUUAAUGGAGAUGAGAAUCAUGUUGAGACAGAUAUGCAACCAGUGAUGUUGGAAGUUGAAGUUAAGAAGGAGCUGGAUUUGGUUGAGAUGAUCUCUCAGAUUAAUAGUGAAACUUUUCAUGUUUAA